GUCUGGAUUUGCAGUCAGGGGACACUCAUCAUCAUCAGUCAGCACAAAGCAGCUCUCUCUGUCCUCUCUCUCUCUCUCUGCCUCUCUCUGUCAGACACCCCCACAAUCACUCUAUCCGUCUCUUUAACAGGCACAACAUCUCUUUUAUUUUCUCUUCUUGACAAACGGCAAUCAUGUCCUCAAACGGCGCCGACGGGGACCUGCUGCAGAUCCCUCUGGGACUCAUCAAUAGCGAGGGGAAAUAUCUGACGGCGGAGACUUUCGGCUUCAAAGUCAACGCUUCGGCCAGCAGCCUGAAGAAGAAGCAGACCUGGACCCUGGAGCAGACUGGAGAGGACGGCAGCGCCGUGUUCCUCCUCUCCCACCUGGGCCGCUACCUCGCUACGGACAAAGACGGCAACGUUACCGCGGACAGCGAGACGCGCGGCCGGGACUGCCGCUUCGUCAUCACCGCGCACGAGGACGGGCGGUGGUCUCUGCAGUCCGAGCCCCAUGGCCGGUACCUUGGCGGCAGCCAGGACCGCAUCACCUGCUUUGCGCAGACUGCCUCACCGGCAGAGAAAUGGAGCGUGCACCUGGCUGUGCAUCCGCAGGUCAACCUGUACAGCUUUGCGCGCAAACGCUUCGCCCACCUGAGUGCGCAGGGAGAGCGGCAGGAGGUGUCAAUAAACCGGGAUGUUCCCUGGGGGGUCGACUCGCUUGUGACACUGGUCUACCGUGACCAGCGCUACCACCUCGAGACCUGUGACAACCGCUUCCUCCGCAAUGAUGGUAGUCUGUCCGUCAAAACGGACAAGGAUACCGGCUACAUGCUGGAGUUUCGCUCCGGAAAAGUGGCAUUCCGCGACUGCAACGGUCGCUACCUGGCACCCAUGGGCCCUACCGGCACAAUGAAGUCUGGGAAAAGCACCCGGGUUGGGAAAGAUGAACUGUUUGGCCUGGAGCGCAGCCACGCGCAGGUCGUACUCACUGCAGGCAACGAGAGAAACGUCUCCACGAGGCAAGGCAUGGACCUUUCAGCCAAUCAGAACGAGGAAGGGGACCAGGAAGUCUUCCAGAUGGAGAUGAGUCGUGAGGACAGGAAGUGUGCCUUCAGAACUGCUGCUGGAAAAUACUGGACUCUGACAGCAAGUGGAGGCCUGCAGUGCACUGCCUCCACCAAGUCAGCCAACACUUUCUUUGACCUGGAAUGGCAUGACGGUCGUGUGUGUGUGCGUGCAGCUAACAGCAAAUAUGUGAUUGCUAAGAAGAACGGGCAACUAGCUGCUACAGUUGACAAUGCAGGGGAGGCUGAACAGUUCCUGAUGAAGCUGAUUAACCGUCCACUCAUCGUCCUUCGUGGGGAACAUGGUUUCAUCGGGGCUCGUAAAGCUGGAUUGGCGACCCUGGACUCCAACCGAGCAUCAUAUGAUGUUUUCCAGCUGGAGUUCCACAGCGGAGCUUACGCCCUCAAAGACUCCCUGGGGAAGUAUUGGUGUGUUGGAGACGACACAGCAGUGGUGUGCAGCAGCUCCACUCCUGUCCAGUUCCUGUUUGAGUUCUGUGACCUCAACAAGAUGGCCAUUUGUGCUCUGGGGGGGAAGUACCUUAAAGGAGACCAUGCCGGAGGGCUUAAAGCCAGUGCUGACUCCCUGGACAGCGCCACCCUCUGGGAAUACUGAGAGAGCACAGCCGAACUUCUCCACUGACACAAUGCUUCAAACUAUUGAUAGAUACUGUAGGUAGCUGUUUUUGCAUAUGUGUGCGUGCCUGUGGGUGUGUGUGUAAUUGUGAAUUUGUCUGGAUGGGUGUGUGGUGGAAAUUGAAGCUGAUAACCUGGAAAUCAUGGCACCAAAGCACCAAAGGUGUUUUAUUUAGUUUUUUUUUUUUUCUCAAUCUUUUUUCUGGGCUUUUUACUGGAGAUUUGGAUGUGUGAUGACCUGUUUUUUGAUGAAUGAAUUAUAAUGUGGUUGCACAUUAUUAAUUUCACUUCCAGUCAAAUUUACACAAGCUGUACCUGAUGAAUAUCAGGAUGAUUGCUGUUAUUGGUUGUACCUAUCUGUGGUAAAUACUGGUGAAAACCAACAUGUAGAAUGCUCUAACUCAUAACUUACAAUAUCUAACCUUCUUCUGCUAAAUGUCCUGCUGGCUGUAUUGUGCAGCUUUCAUCUCCUGUUUCCUCUUUCUAACUAUACAGCAUUACAUACAUAAGAUCCAGGAUGUUACUGAUUUACAUAUUUCUGCUGUAAAUAAGGCUUUCUUUGUCUCUGAAUGCUUCAGGAACAUAGUAACCAUAGGAAAAUUUCAGUGCAAUAGUGUUGCGACUGUAAAGAAAGAAAUGUUCUUCGCUUGUAUGCUACUUACAUUCUCACUCUUAGAUGUGCAGCCAGACAAAAUCUGUAUAUAGACAGAUGCAGCUUCAUAAAGUAGUAGUUCCCUUCAUCACUAUAAUCCACUAUUUUUUUCUGGUUCCUCAGAUUAGUGCAAGGGUUCCAAUUAUACUUGAGGAGGAAACAAAUGAAAGGAGAGGACAAGUGAAAAAAACUUUUGAAAUGUUCUCAUUUUUUAGUUAUAAUGGACAUCCUUUCUGUUGUGUGAAGUACAAAAGGGAGGUGGUGGGUUAACACCUAGUUACUAAACACUCAAAUGCACAUUAAUACUUACAAAUAUGCAGUAACAGAUACAUUGAUUCCAACUGUGACUUUAAAUCUGCACAAUGAUCUAGUGUCCAACUGCAAGAAGUUAAAAGCACAUGUUUGUUGUGAUGAAAUGUCUGCCUUAGAUUCGGUGCUGCUGUUGGUGUAUAAACACAAUGAUGGAGUCAGUCAUAUCUCUGGCUGUUAUUGUGGCUGUGCCUUCCAUAGAGCAUUUUAGUCUUUUCUUUUUCAUGUUCACAUUUGAAUUACAUGGAGUAAACACCCCAAUAAAGUUUUCCCUCUUAACAGUG